AUGGAGGAGGCACCCGACAGUCAACAGCAGCCUCAACCCGCUGCUGGCUCUGCUUCCUCCGCAGGAUUACCUCCUGCAACCGCUUCCGCUUCUACUUCCGCCCCUGCCAAUGCACCUACGCCCUCCAACAGCUCCAGUGCUGCCCAAUUGUCCAAGAGGAGGAGAGGGCUGGGCGUGGUCACUCCCAAUGCCUGUACAGAGUGCCGCAAGAAGCGAGCGAAAUGCGACGGGCAAAGGCCUUGCGGCCGUUGUAAGGCUCAGAAAGACGUAGAAUGUGUUUACGAGGUCCCAGUCCGCCAAUCAAAGGAGCACCUCCGAACCGAGCUCGAACAAUUGCGCCAACGCCAGAAGUCUAGCGACCAGGUCAUGGCCGCUCUCGUUCGCUCCGACAUGUGGGAGGAUGUGUUGCAACGAUUGCGCAGCGGACAAUCGCUUGAAUCCGUCUCGGACUGGAUAGGUGGUGCUCUGCCGUCGGGUGGUGGUUCGAAGACUUCUUUUGCUCGCCCAAAUGAGCCGACUGGCGAAACGAGCGCCGCCCCAGGGACUCGCCAGGGGUUUCCCCCAGCGCCUAUAAGAACCAGAAACCUAGGAGAUCAUGGCUCUGUGACCAUGAGCCCAAUCACUGGGCAGUCUGGCUUGCGUCAGGAGAUAGAUCCAAACAGCCCCUGGCACCCUUCAUCGCAUAGCCAGAGCACGCGAAGCAACUCUCAUCCCGACGCAAUGAACUGGAGCGCAGACACCAACAGGCCGCCACAGGGACUAUUUGAUACCUGGGCCGAGUCUGCAAGUAACACGGAAGCUUCCGAAGGCGGCUCGAAGCAUCAAGGCGCGGAUCAGGUGCUGGCGCCGCUGGAAUUACCUGACAUGAAGCUGCCCCCGGAGGACUGGACGAGUAUUACGGAGGACGGCUCGUUGGUGCAGCAUUUGCUGGCUCUGUACUUCUGUUGGGAGUACCCGACUUUUGCGUCUCUAAGCAAGGAGCAUUUUCUUAGAGAUUUCCAGAACGGUGUUGAACGCUACUGCUCCCCAAUCCUCGUCAAUGCACUCUUAGCACUUGGGUGCCGUUUCUCCAGCAAGCCGAGCACAAGAGCGAAUCCCAACGACCCGUACACUUCUGGCGAUCACUUCUUCAAAGAGGCGCAGCGUCUGUUCUACCAGGAGGAGAACCACCACAACCUCACCACCAUCCAAGCUUUGGGCAUAAUGUCUAUUCGAGAAGCCAGCUGCGGCAGAGACUCGGAAAGCUGGUACUACGCAGGACAAAGCAUUCGUCUGGCCAUUGAGAUGGGACUCCAUCAGCUCGAAGAAGAUGGUGACGAUGACGAGUUUGCGGUUCAGGCUGCCACUUUCUGGGGUGCAUUCGCUCUCGAUCAUGCGUGGUCUUUAGCGACCGGCUCGCUUCCGCAAUGUUCCUGCUUUCCUCAUCUACCGCCAAAGCCCGCCAUUAUAGAUGACAUAGAAGCCUCUCUAUGGAUCCCCUACACCGACGAUGGCGCACCAUUGCAGCGGUCCGCCGAACAGCCAUCCAACGUUCGAUCCGUGUAUAAAUGCUUUUGUGAAUUGAGCGAGCUCGUGCACCAGAGCCUCUACAUUUUGCACUCCCCGGGGCGGCCGCUGACCAGCCGUGACCUUCUCGGCAUUUACACCCAAUACCUCAACUGGUAUGACAGGAUACCGGAAGUUCUGAGACUGGGGCAUAACUUCACGCCCGCAGUGCUCUUUGCGCACAUGUAUUAUCACUUUGCGAUCUUGCUUCUAUUCCGGCCCCUCAUCAAGCUGAAGAUCAUCGGCUCUAAGCUGUUACCUCGAGACGUAUGUGGGCAGGCGGCUGAUGCCAUCCAAGGCCUAUUGCGAUCCUAUUCGCAACUCUAUACUCUGCGUAGGACGCCGUCAUUUGUGCCGUAUUUCGUCCUCACAUCGGCCAUCAUGCAUCUCGCCAUUGGUGCAACCUCAUCGUCUUCGUUGUCAUUGCAGAAAGCUUUUGAAGGACCGGCUCAACCUAAUACCGAUCCAAGCACUCAAACCCCGUAUCCGCCUCGCGUUGUCGAAGCUAUCCAGCAAGGUAUCCGGGAUCUGGAGGAGAUGGCACCGUGCCAUCACUUUGCAGAACAGGCGCUCAAUAUACUGCGAUACCUUGCAAAGAAGUGGAACAUGGGUGUCGACAUGGGCGGCGAAGUGGCCUCGGAUGCCGAGUACGCACAUCUCGUCAGGCCUUAUACAAGCAGUCUAAACUUCUUUGCACCCAAUGUCAUUGAGGAUGAUUUCAUCUGCGCUUGGGGAGGCAGCACCGACGCAGCUGAUGUACCCAACCCGGCGGUAGCCAUGGGCCCGAAAAGCACGGAACCGGGACAAGCAUCGGUCGAGCGAGCGGCCAAGGUGUUGGAGAAUCCUCUAUUCUGGCCAUUCCCGAUGCAGGGGCGGCCGAUGCUCCCUACCGGAGUUGAGCUCGCAGAUGCUGGGUUCGAGAGAAUCUGA